GGAAUCGCCGAGGAACCCGGCUGAGGCAGCAGCUUCCUAGGUGACAGACAGGUACACUGUAUGCUAGCCCUGUAUCUGUCUGAGCAGUGGAAUGUGCCGGGAAAGAAGGAGCAACCACUGACUGAACCUUUGCCAGUCUCCCUUCCAAGAGGGAUGCCAGAGCCUUCUCAGAGCAUCCUGGCCAGAACAAGCCAAGGAGCCACAACGAGAGGGACACACAGACAACAGACGGAAGACGUACUGGCCGCUGGACUCCGCUGCCUCUAUCUCCCCGCCAUCUGCGCCCGGAGGAUGAGCCCAGCCUUCAGGGCCAUGGAUGUGGAGCCCCGCGCCAAAGGCGUCCUGCUGGAGCCCUUUGUCCACCAGGUCGGGGGGCACUCAUGUGUGCUCCGCUUCAAUGAGACAACCCUGUGCAAGCCCCUGGUCCCAAGGGAACAUCAGUUCUACGAGACCCUCCCUGCUGAGAUGCGCAAAUUCACUCCCCAGUACAAAGCUGUUUUGAUAUUUGUUAAGUUUGCAGAUGAGUUUGGGGCCUCUGGCAACAUAGAGACUAAGGAACUGGGUGUGGUAUCUGUGCGCUUUGAAGAAGAUGAAGACAGGAACUUGUGUCUAAUAGCAUAUCCAUUAAAAGGGGACCAUGGAAUUGUGGACAUUGUAGAUAAUUCAGACUGUGAACCAAAAAGUAAGCUCCUAAGGUGGACAACAAACAAAAAACAUCAUGUCUUAGAAACAGAAAAGACCCCUAAGGACUGGGUGCGUCAGCACCGUAAAGAGGAGAAAAUGAAGAGCCAUAAGUUAGAAGAAGAAUUUGAGUGGCUAAAGAAAUCUGAAGUCUUGUACUAUACUGUAGAGAAGAAGGGGAAUAUAAGUUCCCAGCUUAAACACUAUAACCCUUGGAGCAUGAAAUGUCACCAGCAACAGUUACAGAGAAUGAAGGAGAAUGCAAAGCAUCGGAACCAGUACAAAUUUAUCUUACUGGAAAACCUGACUUCCCGCUAUGAGGUGCCUUGUGUCCUUGACCUCAAGAUGGGCACACGACAACACGGUGAUGAUGCUUCAGAGGAGAAGGCAGCCAACCAGAUCCGAAAAUGUCAGCAGAGCACAUCUGCAGUCAUUGGUGUGCGUGUGUGUGGCAUGCAGGUGUACCAGGCAGGCAGUGGGCAGCUCAUGUUCAUGAACAAGUACCAUGGACGGAAGCUGUCGGUGCAGGGCUUCAAGGAGGCACUUUUCCAGUUCUUCCACAAUGGGCGGUACCUGCGCCGUGAACUCCUGGGCCCUGUGCUCAAGAAGCUGACUGAGCUCAAGGCAGUGUUGGAGCGACAGGAGUCCUACCGCUUCUACUCAAGCUCUCUGCUGGUCAUCUAUGAUGGCAAGGAGCGGCCCGAAGUGGUCCUGGACUCAGAUGCUGAGGAUUUGGAGGACCUGUCAGAGGAAUCAGCUGAUGAGUCUGCUGGUGCCUAUGCCUACAAACCCAUUGGCACCAGCUCUGUAGAUGUGCGCAUGAUUGACUUUGCACACACCACCUGCAGGCUGUAUGGCGAGGACACUGUGGUACAUGAGGGCCAGGAUGCUGGCUAUAUCUUCGGGCUCCAGAGCCUGAUAGACAUUGUUACAGAGAUAAGUGAGGAGAGUGGGGAGUGAGCUUGCUAGCUGCUCCAGUACUUGAAAGAGACUCUGUGUCCCAGGCACAGCUGCGCUGUGUCAGGGAGGAGGCCGGUAUGGCCAGGUGGUGGCUCCUGCAGCCUGGAGCUGAUGUGCAGUGGCCUCUGUGAGCCCCAGCCUGAGCCAGCCCUAGCUGCGCUUGGAGUCUUUAUUUAUUUUAACUAUUUCUUCAACAUUCCACAUUUGAUGAUGAUACCUCUUUCUUCCCUGAGUGUCUAUGUUCUAAUACAAAUCUUUUUGUUUAUUGUA